AUGCAUCCCCUAGGGAGGUCGUGGCUACUCCUCAGCGGCUUCGUCCUCUUUUACGUCAUCUACCUACUCUUCGGCGGCCUGGUCUUCUCUAGCCUGGAGCGGCCCGUCGAAGAGCAGCUCCGCCGGGAGGUGGACGCUCUGAAGCGGCGUUUCCUCAACCAGAGUUGCGUGACCGCUGCCUCCUUGGACCACUUCGUGAGCCAGGUGCUGGCCGCCAACAGGUACGGCGUGGCGGCAUCCGGGAACGCCUCCAGCGACCCGUCCAACUGGGACUUGACCUCGGCCAUGUUCUUCGCCAACACGCUUGUCACCACUGUGGGUUACGGUCACACAACGCCGCUUUCGACGGCGGGCAAGAUCUUCUCCAUCGUGUACGCUUUGCUGGGCGUUCCUUUCACCAUGCUGGUCCUGACUGCGUGCGUGCAGAGGCUUAUGUAUCCUCUGGUGGCGGCGCCUUUGGGCCAACUCCAGCGCUGCGGCCUGGAAGCCCGCCCGGCAGCCGGCGUGCACUUCUUGUCACUGCUGGCGCUGGUGCUGCUGUGUCUGUUUGCAGCGCCGGCGGCCGUCUUCAGCAUCGUAGAGGACGGCUGGUCCUUCCUGGAUGGGUUCUACUUCUGUUUUAUCUCCCUGUGCACCAUUGGACUCGGGGACUUGGUGCCCGCCGCUAGGCCUCAGCAGGAGUUCAAGCAGGUCUACCAGGUCGCCGUUAUGGUGUACCUGUUCCUGGGCCUGAUGAUGAUGUACCUGCUUCUGCGUGCUUUCCACAAAAUGGCCGACCUGCACGGCCUCACCACUUACCUGCAGCUGCCACGCUGCGAGGUGUCCGACCCCAACGAGGACCGUCGGCCCAUCGUGGAGAACGGCGGCGGACAAAAGCGCCCUUCGUACAACUCCGUGGGUGACCGGUGA